AUGGCGUCCAAGAUAUUAAAGUUCGGUGGUAAUUUAAAAACCCUUUCCAAACUCAAAGAUUUUGCAGGGUAUACUCGUCCUCUUGCUACAAAACCUGCAAUUAAUGGAUUGCAACCUUAUCUCGCUAACUUACCUCCUACUUGUGUGACAACUUUGGAAAAUGGGCUCAGAAUAGCCAGCGAAGACACUGGUUCCCCAACAGCUACCGUUGGACUCUGGAUUGAUGCCGGAUCCAGAUAUGAAAAUGAAGAAAAUAACGGAGUCGCUCAUUUCUUGGAGCAUAUGGCUUUUAAAGGCACCGAAAAACGGUCUCAAACUGAUUUGGAGUUAGAAAUUGAAAAUUUAGGAGCGCAUUUGAAUGCUUACACGUCCCGGGAGCAAACUGUAUUUUAUGCUAAAUGCUUAAAACAAGAUGUAUCCAAAGCUUUAGAAAUUUUAUCAGAUAUAAUUCAAAAUUCAAAAUUAGGAGAAGCUGAAAUAGAAAGAGAAAGAGCAGUCAUUUUAAGAGAAAUGCAAGAAGUCGAAACUAAUUUACAAGAAGUUGUUUUUGAUUAUUUGCAUUCAGUGGCUUAUCAAGGGACUUCAUUGGGUCGAACCAUUCUCGGACCUACUGAAAACAUAAAGACCAUAUCCAGGGCAGAUUUGAAGGAAUAUAUUAACAAUACAUACAAACCACCUAGAAUAGUAUUGGCAGGAGCUGGAGGAGUCGUUCACGAUGAACUUGUUAACCUUGCUUGUUCUUUGUUCAACAAACUCGAUGUUUGUUACACAGGAGAGAUCCCAUGUAACACUCCAUGCAGAUUUACAGGUUCCGAAGUCAGAGUGAGAGAUGACACGAUGCCUUUGGCACACAUUGCCAUUGCUGUCGAAGGAUGCGGAUGGUGCGAUUCUGACAACAUCUCACUCAUGAUCGCCAACACAUUAUUGGGUGCCUGGGACAGGUCGCAAGGUGGAGGCACAAACAAUGCUUCCAAAUUAGCUCAAGUUGUAGCCGAAGGAAAUUUAGCGCAUUCAUUUCAGAGUUUCAACACUUGUUACAAAGACACUGGUUUAUGGGGUAUUUACUUUGUUACAGAACCCUCGAAAACAGAUGACAUGUUAUGCUCCGUUUUGGACGAAUGGAAAAGAUUGUGCACGUCGAUCACGGGUCCGGAAGUUGAGAGAGCUAAAAAUCUAUUGAAAACGAACAUGUUGUUACAACUCGAUGGUACUACACCCGUUUGCGAAGACAUAGGUCGUCAAAUGUUAUGCUACGGAAGACGUAUACCCCUCAACGAAUUGGAAGCGAGAAUCAGUAUGAUAACGGCCGAACAAGUUAGAAACACGAUGCUUAAAUACAUUUACGAUAGAUGUCCGGCAGUUGCAGCCAUUGGACCAAUCGAAACUCUACCAGAUUAUAACAUAACGAGAGGAAAAAUGUAUUGGUUUAGAUAUUAA